AUGGCUCAAAAGACGACCCUCAAGGAGUUCGAAUCCGUCUGGCCCAAGCUGGAGGAAGCUCUCCUCGACCAUGCCAAGACCUACAAGCUGCCCGCCGCUGAGCUGGCCUGGCUCAAGAGGAACCUCGAGGUCAACCCCCUCGGCGGAAAAUGCAACCGGGGCAUGUCUGUCCCCGACUCGGUCUCAAUCAUCCUGGGCCGACCUCUGACUGAGGAGGAAUACUUCAAGGCCGCCACGCUGGGCUGGAUGACGGAGCUCCUCCAGGCCUUCUUCCUCGUCUCCGACGACAUCAUGGACAGCAGCAUCACGCGCCGCGGCCAGCCCUGCUGGUACCGCCAGGAGGGCGUCGGCAUGAUUGCCAUUAACGACUCCUUCCUGCUCGAGGCCGGCAUCUACAUCAUCCUCAAGAAGUACUUCCGCGACCACCCCCGCUACAUCGAGCUCGUCGAGCUCUUCCACGAGAGCUCUUUCCAGACCGAGCUCGGCCAGCUCUGCGACCUGCUCACCGCGCCCGAGGACGUCGUCAACCUCGACAACUUCUCCAUGGAAAAGUACAGCUUCAUCGUCAUCCACAAGACUGCCUACUAUUCCUUCUACCUCCCCAUCGCCCUGGCGCUCUACAUGCUGGACAUUGCCUCCCCCGAGAAUCUGCAGACCGCAAAGGACAUCCUCAUCCCCCUCGGCGAGUACUUCCAGAUUCAGGACGACUACCUCGACAACUUUGGUCUGCCCGAGCACAUUGGCAAGAUCGGCACCGACAUCAAGGACAACAAGUGCUCCUGGCUGGUCAACCAGGCCCUGCAGCUUGCCACCCCUGAGCAGCGCAAGAUCCUUGAGGAGAACUACGGCCAAAAGGAUGACGCCAAGGAGCAGGUCGUCAAGAAGCUCUACGACGACAUGAAGCUGAAGGAGAGAUACCAGGCAUUCGAGGAGAAGCGUGCCGGCGAGCUCAUGGAGCUGAUCAACAAGAUUGACGAGAGCCAGGGCCUCAAGAAGCAGGUGUUUGAAGUGUUCCUGAGCAAGAUCUACAAGCGAAGCAAAUAGAUAUUUUUUUGUUAUCCUCUUUCUUUCUUUAAUGUAUCGGAUCUAGAAAUGAGGCAAAGCCAGUUAGAAAAGGCGAUUUUAUAGCAUUCAUAAGGCAUCAUGUUAAAGCCGACGAAAUAAACAGACUAAUACAC